CGGGAGAACAGACGAGCCUUAAAACAUCUCUAAGCCGCGGAGGAAACUCAGGCUGGGGCAGUGCGCGGAGCUCCGGCUGUUACUGGGAACGGCGGCCGGAACGGCAGCGCCCGCGCGGGCGGCGACAGGAGCUGCGCCGCUGGCCAAAUACAAUAGAGGCAACAACUGAAGGGAGCCCUUGGUCCUCUCCUGUAAACACACUCCCCUCCACUGCCAUCGUCCCUGGGCACCGCUCGCGGUGCUGCCUGGCGCCGGCUGCCCCUGGGGCUGCUAUGGGACCUCGAGACUGCGGGAUUUAGGGGACUGGGAAAAAGAGGCUCGCCCGCGGCAGCCCCUGGGGGCCAAGUUUGGGGCCACUUCUGCACGCGCUCCCUCAGCUCCCGGCCGCCCCUUCCUGCAGCCCAGCCGGCCCGGGUGCUUUUCGCCUCGCGUGCCCAGCAGCCGCAGUUCCCGGCGACCAUGGUGACGGUGGAGGAGCUGCGGGAGAUGGACUGCAGCGUGCUCAAAAGGCUGAUGAACCGGGACGAGAGCGGCGGCGGCGCGGGCGGCAGCGGCGGCCACGGCGCCCUGGGGCUGCUGAGCGGCGGCAAGUGCCUGCUACUGGACUGCAGACCGUUCCUGGCGCACAGCGCGGGCUACAUCCGAGGCUCGGUCAAUGUGCGCUGCAACACCAUUGUGCGGCGGCGGGCCAAGGGCUCGGUGAGCCUGGAGCAGAUCCUGCCCGCCGAGGAGGAGGUGCGCGCCCGCCUGCGCUCCGGCCUCUACUCCGCGGUCAUCGUCUACGACGAGCGCAGCCUGCGCGCCGAGAGCCUCCGCGAGGAUAGCACCGUGUCCUUGGUAGUGCAGACGCUGCGCCGAAACGCCGAGCGCACCGAAAUCUGCCUGCUCAAAGGAGGCUAUGAGAGGUUUUCCUCCGAGUACCCAGAAUUCUGUACCAAAACCAAGGCCUUGGCAGCCAUCCCGCCUGCUGUGCCGAGCGCCGCGGAGCCCCCGGACCUGGGCUGUAGCAGCUGUGGAACGCCGCUGCAUGACCAGGGGGGUCCCGUGGAGAUCCUUCCCUUCCUCUACCUCGGCAGCGCCUACCACGCUGCCCGCAGAGACAUGCUGGACGCCCUGGGCAUCACCGCCCUGCUGAACGUCUCCGACUGCCCCAACCACUUUGAAGGACUCUACCAGUACAAGUGCAUCCCUGUGGAGGACAACCACAAGGCCGACAUCAGCUCCUGGUUCAUGGAGGCCAUCGAGUACAUCGACGCGGUGAAGGAGUGCCACGGGCGCGUGCUGGUGCACUGCCAGGCGGGCAUCUCGCGCUCAGCCACCAUCUGCCUGGCCUACCUGAUGAUGAAGAAGCGCGUGCGGCUGGAGGAGGCCUUCGAGUUCGUCAAGCAGCGGCGCAGCGUCAUCUCGCCCAACUUCAGCUUCAUGGGGCAGCUGCUGCAGUUCGAGUCGCAGGUGCUGGCCACGACGUGCGCCGCGGAGGCUGCCAGCCCCUCGGGGCCGCUGCGCGAGCGGGGCAAGGCCACGCCCACGCCCACCUCGCAGUUCGUCUUCAGCUUCCCGGUGUCGGUGGGCGUGCACGCCGCCCCCAGCGGCCUGCCCUACCUGCACAGCCCCAUCACCACCUCCCCCAGCGGCUAGGCGCCCGGGCGCCGGCGGCACGGACUGCGCGGGCUGGCCGGCAGGGGGCGCCGGCUCCUCCGCACCCAGUCCUCCCCGGGCCCACACGGGGCCAGAAUGGCAAUAAGGACUCUGAAUACAUACAAAAAACAAAACACUUCAACUUAGAGCAAUAACAGCCGUCUCCGCAGGCAGGGAGACCUGGGGGUGGUUUGUGUUUUACUUUUCAGAUAGGAAUUUUUUACCUCAUUUUUUUAAAGCAGUUUAAGGCUUGAAGUUAGGAGCCCCACAGAUCCUGGCACAUGCACCCACCUAGGUUUAUCAGGGAGGAGGGAGGGGAGGGAGAGGGUCAGGAAAACAAGUUUGCCGGAAGUGCCUGGUUCUGUGUGCUCUGUCCUCGUUGUGGUUUAGGAUUUUUUUUUUUUUAAAGAAAUCUUUAGGACGUCUAGGUUGGCACCUGGUGAACGAUUCAUUAUGCAUAAUAAUAAAGGUAUUUAUUAAGAAUUGCGUCAGUACGUACGUUCGAAGAGUCCAAUGACAGUGAAUUUAGAAUAUAUUUAUGUUGUGGCCAACAGCAGGGCACGGUAGCACGCAGACAUCAAACAGGAAGGAAAUGCCACCUCGCCACCUCGCAGGUAGGGACAGGUGAGCGUGACGAUCAGCUUGUUGCUGCUGAGAAGCAGGUAGGGAGGGAUGGGGGGAGGAAGAAAGGACGGGACUACUUUUUAAUUACUUUGGAGAUGAUUCCUGGGCACAUGGACGACUAAAUUGGUUUUAACCCACAAUACAACCUUUUCUGUCUGGUGAUAGAUAGUUCAUUUUGGCGGUCGGAGCGUUUUCCUCACAGACCUGUCUGAGGACUUGCAUAUCAUCCAUGGUAAAAGCCGUAUCAUGAAAGGUGCUCCUGGAAAAUUGGGUGCAAUUGAGAUCUUCCUACAGUGAGUCCUCGGGGAAGGCCUUUGGGAAACCAACUAGAGAGAGACAUGGAAUGCAUCCUUUUGUGUUGAGGAAGCACCAUCUUUUCUCUCGCAUUGGAGUUUCUAAUUUGUGGGGGAGGAUUACUUAGAAUGAAGUGUACCAACAAACACUUGUGUUCUUAAAAUUCCUGGUGUAUGUGAAUAUUUUUAAAGGCUUUCCCUUUAAUCAAAAGGGGGAGUGGACACCACAUUCAGGUCGCACUGAAGUCUAGAAUGGUGAGAGUGAGGAUCAGACGGUAGACGCUUUGCUUUCGGGAGCUGGUGGCUGGGCGCUGGGGCCGGGCAUCUGGGCCCUGGGGUGCUGUUUUAGAAUCCUUUCUUGGGAUAAUGCCAUUCUAAGGGCGCUUUCCAAAUGGAGGAAUGGCUUUUGGAGGGAGAAGGGUGUUUCCUUCCUUCCUUUGGGCUUGGGGGGAGGGCGGAGGGGCAAGCUACAUGUUACUCCGUUUGUAGUGUUGUGGAGCAGUGCUGUUAGAGUGACAGGUUAGAAGUAAUUGCAAACUUGUCUAGAGGUGAAAGCAUGGUUUUUGUUCCUGUUUUGGUUUCUUAGCCCUUUGAGAGUCUAGAUCUAAAUGAACAUUCUUCUUGCUCAGCUAAGGUAGCUUCAAGCCUCAAUGUCGGAAUAGUGUUGGAAUGCUCUUUCUCAUCCUGGCAUCCCAAACAGGGCCAGGUUCCUUACAUUUCUUUGCAUAAACAUGAGUCUGCGGUGGCCUCUUUCAUCUGGCCUGUUAUGCCCUGUAUUUGGCUGGGGCCAGAGUUCCUGCUUCCUGUUUCUAGAAGAGCCCCAACCCCACUUCUCCCUGUGAGCUGCUUGGCUGAAUAGCUAGGGUGAAGUACAGAGGGGUUUGAUGCCUGGACAGUGGACCCAUGUAGAGACAGCACAGUUGGACAUUCCCACUUUUCCCUAAUUCCCUGAAAGUUGCUUUGUGUUUUGUGAUGAACAAGGUUGAGCUCAGCAGCUGGAAAGGUCACAGGUCCCAACAGCUGAUAGGCCUGGGAGGAGGGGCUGCUUGUGCAGGGAGGGAAAGUGGCCCACAACAGAUUCACUUUUUAGGGAAGCAGUGUACAUUUGGCAAACCCUAUGUAUCCUGCUUUCCCAGACUGGAUUCCAGCCACACGGACAAUCAGAGCUCCGGACCAGCCCAAGAUGUGUCCCCAAGAUGUGUCUUUGCUUGCAUUCCAAUUCAAGCCUUCUUGUCACGUGUCAAACUACUAUUUAUAUAAAGCCACUUCUUUGUACUUGGUAACAGCAUGAGGCCCCAAACUCAGAAUAAAACAGGAAAGUGGCUUGACUGGAAUAGGGGGUUUUUGGUUGGUAUUCCCCUAUGAGAAGCCUCUUUGAUGCCUUGGGAUAGCUCUAAGGGAGACACCACCUUAGGCUUGGUCCAAGUGUUCAGUGGGUUUCAAGAGGCAUCCCCACCACCAAGGGGUUUCAGGUGAUGUGAAACUUCUGUGAGGGCCAGAAAACAUGGCUGCUUCCGCUGCUCAUCAGCCGUGUUGGCUGCAAAAGGCAGCAAGCUCUUCCGAUCUUCCGUGCAGCUGAGGAGUGCUGCCAGCGCCCUCCCAGAAUCUUGGGUGACCAAGGGUGUUUGUGGAGCACUAAGGGAAAUGGACUCGGCUUUCCCGGGGAGCAGUAUUAGGCCGAAGCCCUGUGAGCUGGCGGCUGGGUGCUCCCUAGCUUUGGUCAUUCCCUCCGGAGGCCAUUUUGCUGAGGUGCUUAUUCCAGCUGGUCCCAGAGUUUUCAAUAACGUUGGGAAGCCAUGAGAAAAAAGUUUAAAUCCUUGGCAAAGUGCACAGAGGGAGGAGGGGGGACAGUUGAUUCAGAUGUGAGGGGUCUGCCACCAAGCCCUAAGUACCAAAGCGGGAUUCUGCCUCGGCUGCCCUUUGCGUCAGCUGGGGAGUUUCGAAAACUGCUACCAGGCCAUCCUAGACCAAUUAACUAAAAGCAGAACUUCUGCGGCUGGGAGCCAGGCACGGGGAAGCACCCAGGGCUUUCAGUGGGCAGCCAAGUUCGGGAAACUGCCUUGUGUUCUGGAUGGCAAGAUGCCGCUGGAGGCUAGGUCUUGGUGGCACAGAGCUAGCUCGCCUCCCAGAACCACGGCCAAGGGUGGUCACUGGCGUAGUCUGGUCUCCUGCCAGUCCCGGCCCGGCUAAGGGACCAGGAUGAUUUCUCCCUGGAGCUGAAGCAGCACGUGGCGUCCUGCAGGGGGCAGCGUUUCAUGCUUGGAAGACGGGAUCUGUGGCACAUUAUUAGGGAAGUAAAUGAUGUCUCUGUGUUGAUGUUUUUCCCUGGAAGCUUCCUUGUCAAGAAUGAUGGAGAGUCAUUCCUUUGGAGGUACUCCCCCCCUCCUCGGAGCCCCCUGCCCUCCUUUAGAGUUGAUGUGUCACCCAAGGAAGAUAGCAAUGCAAUACUUGUAACUUGUGUAAAUAGCCCCAUCUUUCAGUGAUGUCAUUUCUACAUUUGAUAUGCCCGUCUCUCUGUAGGAUGUAUAUAGUUUAGGGCAUUUUGUUUGGUUCUGUUUUUUAGAAAAGUCAACGUCUGUUUUUAUUUAUUGCUUGAAAAAGAUCAUUUGAAGAGAAAUAAACACGUUUUCAACCA